CGUUCACCUGCGCAUCGUGUGCCGCGGCGUGACUGCGGUAGUCGAUAGCGGGAGGCGGCUACGAAGGGAGGGUGUUCGUUGCGUCCCCUUAUACACUGUCAACACUUUGCUAUGGACUAGUGGACUCUCCCUUCCAACCAUCUCCAAUAACAUGUAUUCAGAUAAGACCAUGGAGGAGAUCCAGCUGGCGGACAAGCCCAAGGUGAACGCCGCGGCGGGAGUCACCUACGCCUGGCGGGACCUGAACGUGUACGCCGGCGGGGGAAACAUUAUCAGGAAGAGGCCCAAAGCUCACAUCCUGAAGAAUGUGUCCGGGGUGUGCGAGGGCGGGCAGUUGCUGGCCAUCAUGGGGGCCUCGGGGGCGGGCAAGACCACGCUCCUCAACGUGCUCACCUACAGGACGAGGAAGCUGGAUAUCACGGGCGACAUCUUCAUCAACGGGCGGCCGGUGGACAUGCGGACCAUCGCCGGCGUGUCGGCCUACGUGCAGCAGGAGGAUCUCUUCACGGGCGUCUUCACCGUCGAGGAGCAACUCAACUUUAACGCACAGCUGAGGAUCGGGAAGGACGUGCCACAGUCCGAGAGGAAGCGCCGCGUGGCCGAGGUCAUGACAGAGCUGGGCCUCAACAAGUGCGCCAACACCCGCAUCGGCAUCCCAGGGCGCAUCAAGGGCAUUUCGGGCGGAGAGAAGAAAAGACUCGCCUUCGCCUGCGAGAUGAUCACCAACCCGCUGCUGCUGCUGUGCGACGAGCCCACCUCCGGCCUGGACUCGUUCAUGGCCCAGAGCGUCGUGCGUGCCAUGAAGCGGCUCACGGGCCUCGGCAAGACGGUUAUCGCGACUAUCCACCAGCCCAGCUCCGAGGUGUUCGCCAUGUUUGACCGCCUCCUGCUGCUCGCCGAGGGCCGCGUCGCUUUCCAGGGCACGGUGGAGGAGGCUCACAUAUUCUUCACCAGGUUGGAGCGGCCCUGCCCGUCCAACUACAACCCGGCCGACCACUUCAUCUAUUCGCUGGCCAUCCGAGGAGGCAUGGAGGAGGAGUGUCGCCAGUUCGUCUCCCACGUCUGUGAUUCCUUCAGGGACGCCGAGGGUGUGGAGGUGAGGAGGCACAUCGACGAGUGCAUGGAGCCCCCGAAGAGCGACGACGCCCUGGCCAGCAUCAAGCUGCCCAAGAGUCCCUACAGAGCCUCGUGGGUGAACCAGUUCGCCGCCAUGACCCGACGAAACUUUCUCGAACAGAUCCGAGACCCUAUCCUCCUCACCUUGAAAAUUUUCCAGUCAUUGUUCUUCGCCGUGGUGUUCGGUCUCAUCUACCUCGACCUCGACAAGGACGGCAUCAACCUGACGGCGGUGACCAACAUCAGCGGUGUCCUCUUCGUGUUCGUCACUAACAUGACCUUCGCCAACAUGUUCCCCGUCGUCACCACCUUUUCCGCCGAGAUGCCGCUGUUCCUCCGCGAGCACUGGAACGGACUCUACCGCACCGACGUCUACUUCCUCACGCGAAAUUUGGUCGAGCUGCCGAUCUUCAUCAUCAGCUCCUUCGGAUUUAUACUUAUUGCCUACUACAUGGUGGGCCUCAGAUCCGACUUUGAGAAUUUCCUCAUCGCCAGCCUCAUCAUCGUCAUCGUGGCCAAUGUCGCUGUGUCCUACGGUUACAUGAUCUCCUGCCUGGCCAAGAAUUAUCAGACGGCGCUGGUGCUGUCCACCCCACUUACCUUCCCGCUGCUUCUGUUCGGAGGGUUCUACAUGAAGCCCGGAACGAUCCCGCCUUACCUGGACUGGCUGAGUUACCUGUCCUGGUUCAAGUACGCCUUCGAGGCCUUGAGCAUCAACCAGUGGAAAGGAUGGGAGGAAAUAUGCCUUGACAUACCCUUUAAUCCGCUCUACUGCAACAAUACCAUCAGUGUGGAGGACGAGGUCAUGGGCCACCUUGGCUUUGACGUGAACAACUUGUGGAUCGACAUCGGCGCUAUGUUGGCUCUGAUGGUGGGCUACAGAUUGCUGGCCUUCCUCUUCCUCCUUACCAAGACAAUACGAUAAACUCAUCCUCCAUCCUCUCAUUCGUCCCUCUGUCCUCCUCCUUCACCUCCUCCUCCAGUUGUAAGCGUUAUUCCUACCCUCCUUACCAAGACAAUACGAUAAACUUUUCCUCCAUCCUCUCAUUCGUCCCUCUGUCCUCCUCCUUCACCUCCUCCUCCAGUUGUAAGCGUUAU